CGUGUCCCGGUUGUUGUAGUUCCUGUGGAGUAAACUGUCAUUCCGAGGACUGCAUUAGUUAGCUAGAAAUACUCUGUUGAUAAUCCAUCUGUUAGUCUACUCCCUAACCAAUGCGCGUCCUCUUCCUAUCGAGCUGGUGGCACAGUUCGAGACAUUGGACUAACAUUACCUGAGUGUUAGGUGCACUGUUCUAGCUAGCUAGUUCAUGAAUUUAGCGUUAUUAACCAACAGUUAGCAAGCAACAGAGAACAAACCAACUUGGCAGUAACGUUAGGUAGCUAUAAAAUAUUUCCUUAGCACAUUGUCUAUGAGCUAGAUAGCUUUCAGCAGUAACGUUAGCUACUUCUACACUGCAAAUCCCAAGCACAGAAGGCAUCCUCACCCACUGAGCACCGAGCGACACCGAACCUCCAUGGAAGUUGAAAAGUAGCUGAAAUUUGCCCUUGGAUGGAGGCCCACAGCUCAAGCCGGUCAAGCCUGUCCAGGAAGAGGAGGAGAGAUGGAUCCAAGGGAGAAUCCGAGGAGGUAGAGCGGCCAGGGAAAGUCCCAAAAUCCACCGUGGGUUUAAAAGAUCCCGCCUCCUUUGCUGAUGAGCUGGAGUCGGCUGAGGACACUCCAUACCUGCGAGUCAGCAUGGAGGAGGCCAAGAGGGGAACUCCAUUUCAUAGGCCAGUGCGGGUCUAUGCAGAUGGCAUCUUUGAUGUGUUCCACUCAGGCCACGCCCGGGCACUCAUGCAGGCCAAGGGCCUCUUCCCCAACACGUACCUCAUUGUGGGCGUGUGUAGUGACGACCUGACGCACAAGUUCAAGGGGUUCACAGUGAUGAACGAGGAUGAGCGCUACGAUGCAGUCAGCCACUGCCGCUACGUGGACGAAGUCGUCAGGAACGCGCCCUGGACGCUAACGCCCGAAUUCCUCGCCAAGCACCGAAUCGACUUUGUUGCCCAUGACGACAUCCCAUAUACAUCAGCAGGCCAGGAUGACGUUUACAAGCACAUCAAGGAGGCGGGCAUGUUUGCGCCCACCCAGCGGACGGAGGGCAUCUCCACCUCGGACAUCAUCACACGCAUCGUCCGCGACUACGACGUGUACGUGAGACGCAACCUGCAACGCGGCUACACUGCAAAAGAGCUCAACGUCAGCUUCAUAAAUGAGAAGAAGUACCACCUGCAGGAGCGUGUGGACAAGGUGAAGAGGAAGGUGCGUGACGUGGAGGAGAAGAGUAAAGAGUUUGUGCAGAAGGUGGAGAACAAGAGCAUCGACCUCAUCCAGAGGUGGGAGGAGAAGUCCCGGGAGUUUAUCGGCAACUUCCUGCAGAUGUUCGGCCCCGAGGGAGCACUGAAGCACAUGUUGAAGGAGGGCAGGGGCCGGAUGCUGCAGGCCAUCAGCCCAAGACAGAGUCCCAGCAGCAGUCCCACCCGUGAGCGCUCUCCCUCCCCCGUCUUCCGCAUGCCCUUCUUAAACAAGGCCUUGGCCUCACCCCACCACAGUGCUGCACGGGGAUAUACCGUCAGUGAGGAUGAUGACGAGUCCUACGAAGGUUAGGGCUCCCAUUUCUCACGUUUGUUAAUCCUGCUCUUCGGUCCACCGACAGUAUCAGCGUUCAAGCCCCUCCAACCAAUCAUCAGUAUAGCGUUGUCCCUCACUUCAUUUUUUCACUCCUUUUAAAUUGCUGGUGUCCAUUUAAUUUGUACUGUACCACAUCAGUCAGAGGGGGGUUAAUGCAGAAUUAUUUUUUGACAGCCGAUGUUGCAUUUCUCACCGAUAGGAACAUUUUAUAGAUAUUAUUUUGAUGCACGCUUCCUACUCAGGAUGUUAUAACCUUAGUGGGUAGAUUUUUAGUUACCCAUGAGUUUAGUGGGAUAUUCAGUGUUGUCUUCGGUGCACUGUUGCAUUCCUCCACAGAUUAUCUGAAUAUAGUAACCAUCAGUCCCUUGAGGAUUCCCCCUCUGAGUGUUUGUUUGCUUCUGUGAGUGUGUAAACUGCAGGUAUGUGUAGGCAUUUCAAUGUCCUCCAUCCAUGGACUCAGCUUGACCUUUUUGCACAUUAUAAUAAUACUAAUAGUUGGUCUCACUCGAGGUCAGUCGUUGGACAGAGGUUUUCAAAGCAUAGUGUCCAGCAUUUAACUAAAGAACUGGAUCUUGUUCAGUAGGGCUCAAGAUAACUUGUUUUCAGGAGGUUCUAGCUGAACCCAAACACUUGUGUGCAAUAACGAGACCUCGUUUUAAAAAUGACUACAUACGUAAUACAAUUUUAUCCGUUACAUAUCUCCCUCCUGUAGUUGGGAUCCCUUGAUUUUGGCUGUUGACCCAACCCUUGCUAGUCUUUGUGGCAGCAAAGCAGGUAGUUUUAUUUCCUAUAUAAUUAUUUUAAGCAUAUUAUUGUAACCAUGUUGGAUUGUCUAUACAGUAUAAGGGAUUAUAUAAUCCAUUAAAAUACUGCUUCUCAUUAGGGCAUGUCUAUAUAUAUAUCUCUCUUGGUAGCAAGAGUUUUCUGAAGCCAGUACUAACCUUUAACAUCUGUCAGAUACAAAAUGUACCUGGCUUUAAGUACAUUGUUUUAAACAUUUGAUUGUUUGGGUUGAGUUUGUUUAGCUCCUGAAUGUGCAGGCAUGAGAUCCCAGGGAACAUGUCAAUGGAAUAAAAAAAUAAAAAACUUUCAACCAUAA